AUGGCGACAAUAAGGGAAUUGGAGGAGGGUGAUGUCGAAUCGGACGUCGCCAAGAUUCUAGACCCAGACAAAUUGUUCAUCGCCAAUCAGACCUUCGAAGACGAAUCUUUUGCCGUCGCCAAGAUUCUAGACCCAGACGAAUUGUUCAUUGCCAAUCAGACCUUCAAAGACGAAUCUUUUGCGGCAAAUCAGACAGUCAAAGAGGAAUCGUUUGUAGGAAAUCAGACAAUUGAAGAUGAAUCUUUCAUUGCCAAUGGAAUUGUUGCAGACAAUUCUUUCAUGGCCAAUCAGACCGGUGAGACCGUUGAAGACAAGUCUUUUUUUGGCAAUGAGACAGUUCAGAACAAAAUCGAGCAGCAGUCCUCUCAAACUCAAAUUCGGAUAAAGCUCAAACCUCCCUGCCCACCAGCGCCGGCGAUCCCAGCUACCUCAAAAAGCAAAAGACCUACAAGGCAAUCAAACAGGAAAAUAUAG